CGGGGCCGGAAGCGGACGGCGGCGACGUGGGCGGCGGAGCGGGGCCGGGCGGGCCACGGCGCCGCGAUGGAGGGGCUCUACCACCAGACCAACAAGCAAGUCCACGAGGUCCAGUCUUACAUGGGGCGCCUGGAGACUUCAGACAAGGAGUCAGUACACUUAGUAGAAAAUGAGAUUCAGGCAAGAAUAGACAAUAUAUUCAGCAACUUGGAACGUCUGGAAAUCCUGUCCAGCAAAGAACCUCCCAGUAAGCGACAGAAUGCUAAACUCCGAGUUGACCAGCUGAAGUAUGAUGUUCAGCAUCUGCAGACAGCUCUGAGGAACUUUCAACAUCGCCGUUACAUCCGGGAGCAGCAGGAGCGACAGCGAGAAGAGUUGCUUGCACGUACAUUCACUACUAAUGGUACUCACAAGAAGAUCCUGGACGUUGCCAACAUGUUGGGCUUAUCCAAUACAGUAAUGCGGCUGAUUGAGAAGCGAGCCUUGCAAGAUAAAUACUUCAUGAUUGGGGGAAUGAUUUUGACUUGUGUAAUUAUGUUUCUCGUCGUGCAGUAUCUGACAUGAGCUACUGAACUAUUGCCAGAGGAGAUCCGUCUUUUGGAGCAAGACGGACUGUCCUCCAAACUGUACUUUCCUCCGAGUGCUGCUUUGGAUGAGCCCCUCCUGUGAACUUCAGAGUUUACAAAUCACUCUCAGCCACAUGUCAUGUGGAAAGCAUGCAGGGAAUCUAAUUUCCCUGGGGAGAAUGGCCCUAUAAAAAUAACUGUAGCCUUUACUGCUCUCACCUUACUGUUUGCAAGUUUAAGAAUCUGGUAAAAUAGGAAGCAGAAGUGAAAAUUUUGCCCAGCUGUUUUUGUGAGGUUGGAAUGUCCUUUUGGGUAGGUAGGGAUAAGAGGAUGCAAAGGCAGAGCGUAAGAUGUAGUGAGCCUUUCCUGUGCUAGCUAGACAGUGACCCUGAUGACUGCAUUUUGCAAUGGAAGAAGGCCACUGAGGAGAAUUUUGCAUUGUUUGUAGGCACACUCGUGCGGAGUAAGUGUGCAAAAAGGGGGGAAGUGAAGGGUCCCCAUCUGCAAACUCACUGUUUCAGUUGGAGGGAGAAGGGUUUGUGAGGGAAGGGUCUUAAAGCAUGGUUAUAACCUCAGCUAGCUUUUUUGUUUACACAUACAGUAUUAACCAGCCCAAAUCUUCCCGUUUCAGGUUGAAAUGUUUCUCAUCUCAUCUGAGUUAUGUUUUGGUACCUUUUUAUGCCCCGCUGCUUCCCAGUGGAAGCUGAACACUGUACUUCUACCUGCUUUCAGUCCGAUGCACGAUGCCUGUGUCAUCUCACUGUGCCUGGUACCAACUCCAGCCUCUGAAAACUAAACUGACAUUUUUAAUGCUAGUGCACAUCAUGGCUUGGUGUAUUUGUUUUUUUGAGGUGGUUGGCUGGGGUUUUGUGCUCUGUAGCUGAUGGGUUUUGAAUCCAUGAAGCGGGCAAGUAUUCGCUGUGCUCAGGUUCAGAUUUGUGAUUUUUAUGUUCAUGGAGCUGGAAUGGGCUCUCUCUGCUGUUCUUUACAUUCAGAAUAACAGGGGGAUCAGGGCAAUAGACCUUUCAGUUAAAAUCAGUUGUUGUUAAAGUCUCCUGAAAUUACGUGCCUUGGGAUGGUAAACAUCCCUCAUCCUUGGGAAGGGUGUUAUUUGCGUUAUCCUUUGUAGAAUUACUGUGAAAGACAUGCUCAUGCCUAUCACCUCACAGAGGUGAUGGCCAGCUUUGACAUAUCUCCUUGGUUGUAGAUACCUAUCCACAUUUAAACAUUACCAGUUACGAAAUGCCUCGUUGUUUAAAUGCGGUACUCCUUUCCCUGCAGACUGGGGGGGCUCUGUUCAGAGUGGCCAUCCUGAGAUUUUUGGGUAUCAUCCGUUUCAGUCAGCCUUCAGGUACAUUCCCAUCCCGAUUUGUGUACAAGUCUGGAGCGUUUCCAGGUGUCUGACAGUGGCACAGGACUGUCAGACAGAUUCAGAUGGUGUGGCAUAAUGCUGGCAAUUCCUCAUUCUUUUUCUGUCUGGAAUGGUUGUGGGUCUUUUAAUUUGUAAGAUUUACAAGUUCUGCAUUCUGUCUUCGCUGCAGUAAGCUUUGCUUUUAUUACAUAGCCUGUUGCAAACUUGGAGAAAUGGUAUUAAUAACUGUAAAAAAUGAGUUCUGGUUAAUAAGGCAAGUGAAACAGGCUUUUAGCUGUGCUUGUUUUACCAUUGCAUAACUGAAGUAGUUACGGACUUGAGUGCUUUGGCAGAGCUUUAAAGCCCAGAUGCGAGUACCCAGCCUGAUCAGCUGUCACAGGCCAGUCAGCUUUGUACUGGGAACCCAGGGCAGGAGGCGAGGCAGCGGCCAGAGCGCUGGUCGGCUGCACGGCGGGCACAGCAGUGGAGGCCAGGGUGCUGUCGAUGCCUAGAUAGUCCUAUCGGGCAGCAGACGAAGGCAGGAAAGCCUGCGUGCUUGUUGAAUAUCCUGCGUGCUUGUUGAAUAUCCUGCGUGCUUGUUGAAUAUCCUGCGUGCUUGUUGAAUAUCCUGCGUGCUUGUUGAAUAUCCUGCGUGCUUGUUGAAUAUCCUGUGUGCUGCAUGCCUUCUGGCUGUCCGUCUUGUGCUUCUCGAUGUGUUUGACACUUCUGAAGUGUUCCGUGCUCUUUGUGUUCCUCAGUCAGCUUGGCUUUCCUAAGGAAAUACAUUGGCUGGCCAGGUACAGCAUCGGUUUUCAUUUGAGCCCAAGGGACAAGGGAAUUGAAAGGAAAAGAGGAAGUCUGCAGUGAUAGAUCAUCUAUCUUGCUGUAUCUUUAAAUCUUAAAUCUAAAUUUAUCUUUAAAUUUAUCUUAAAUAUGGAAUCUGACAGAUUUAGCAUACUACGCAGCUGUGAGAUCAGUUGGGCACCUUGUAAGGGAUCCCUAGCAAAUCUUUUUCUGUUCUGAUAAACUGGUCCAAUUCCACCUUGGUUUUACACCUUUAUGGUUUAGUGUUUAAAGGAUGUCAUUUGAUGGUGUUUGAAGUUUAUAUAGUUGUGACCUGAUGUAGCAGUGUUUGUCUUAACACUGAGGUGGGACUCCAGCCAAUUUAUUUCCUUUUUUGGCUUGUGGUCAGAGCCAUAAAAUAAUUGGAACUGGAUUUUUUUUCCUGGUUUUGAGACUAGCUUGGCAUUUUAAUACAUGUUUCUCUGUUUGUUUAUUUUGCCCUUUUAGAGUCUCCUUGUUCUUGUGUAGGCUGUUUUCCCUUUUGUAAGCAAAGUGUCCUUGUUGUUUGCUAUGUCUAAAGGUGAGAUGUGGGGCUUGAAGGAACCACUUGGGUAACUGAGUCUGAUGAUGUGCAACGUCAAACAAAUUUGUACUACAUGUGAAGUCCAACAUGAUUUAUAAGAGCAUCUUGCACUGUGUCAGAUGGUUAGUGCAAAACCCUCAAAGCCUCUGCCACUGCAGUGUGCCAUAGUAGAAGCACAGGUAGGAUCAAGAUCCCUGCGAACAUGAAAUGAGGCAGAGCUGAAACCUUGGUGGCUUUACACAUGUUGCUGCUACAGAUCUCUGUAACGUUCCCUUUCUUACGAAAGACUGCGUUUCCUUCAGCAGAGCUGCUUUGCUUCUGUGGCGCAGCAAGCAUUCCAGCUGUGGGAUGAACUGCUCUCUCACGAGAGGACACUGUGGAAAUUAACUUGCCUCUGGAAAAAAACUUUUUACCAGUAUUUUAUACAUAAAGGGGUAAGGGUGGGACAUGAUGCGAUUCAUGUGAUGUGUUACGUGAAUAAAGAUUUUUCAGCCAAAA